AUGACCACCACUCUUCCCUCCAAACUCAGCGGCAAAGACCGAUAUGAGAGUGUGAAACAUCUGGGAGAGGGUCAAUUCGCUAAUGUUUACUUGGCCAAAGACCUGGAAACCGGAGAGUAUGUGGCCAUCAAGAAGGUAGCGUCAGUAUCUUGUUUUCGAAUCCUUUUUUAGAUCAAACUUGGAGGUAGAGAAGAGGCUCGAGAUGGAGUUAAUCGAACUGCCCUCAGAGAAAUUAAAUUGCUCCAGGAGUUGAGACAUGAUAAUAUCAUUACAGUAAGAUUUUUGAUGAUUCUAAGGCAAUGUUUUGGCAUAUUUCUUGAUUAAAUCGUCUGUUUUAGCUGCGAAACGUCUUCAGUCGCAAGAACAACAUCCAAUUGGUCUUUGAUUUUAUGGAAACAGAUCUCGAGCAGCUGCUGAAGAACGGAUCGGUCAUUUUAAUGGGCUCCCAUGUCAAGAAUAUGGUGAUGCAGAUGCUUUUGGGCGUCGAAUUUCUGCAUAUGCACUUUAUUUUGCACAGAGAUUUGAAGCCAAAUAACUUGUUGAUUAAUUCCGCCGGUCGGAUGAAGGUUACCGACUUUGGUUUGGCCAGAUUUUUCGGUUCACCGACUCGGGAAUAUACUCACCAAGUGGUCACAAGAUGGUAUCGAUGUCCGGAGUUGUUGUUCGGAGCCAGAGCGUAUGGAGUCGGAGUGGAUAUGUGGGCCGUGGGAUGUAUUAUCGCUGAAUUGUUGCUGAGAGUUCCGUUGUUUCAAGGCGACAGUGAUUUGGAUCAAUUGGUCAAGAUCUUUACCGUAAUGGGAGUACCUACUGAUAAUGAUUGGGCUGUAAGUCGAUUCAUUUUGCUACAGUUUUUUCUAUUAGAGUGAUUUGGAAUAGGAGAGGAGACUUUUUUAAUAUUAUCCAUGAUGAUUUGACCCCUUCUAGAAACGAAAAUCCCUCCCCGAUUACAUUGAGAUCAAACCGGCCAAUCCAAUCCCCGUUGACCUCCGCUCCCUCUUCACUGCGGCCUCGGAUAACCUACUCGAAUUGAUGAGAGGAUGCCUUCGAUUUGACCCCUUGAAAAGAUUAACCGCAACGGAAGCCCUCAACUCGGCAUAUUUCCGCGAAGAACCGUUUGCCUGUGAUGAUGAACAACUUCCAGUCCCCACAAGCGAGAACAUCAUGGAUUAUGGGACGAGGAAAAGAAGACGAUUCAUGGAUGGAGACUCUCCGGCAGCUAGGAGGAAUCUUUUUGACUAA